GUACAGUGUACUAGUAGUCACAGUCUUUGAGGCCGUCUGGUUGGUCCGGUUCACUAUUCACCAGUCGUCUCGGAUAUCACCAAAGCCAGCACGAUCCGAUCCACCAGCCAUGCCGGGGUCAGGUGAGCGCGUCCCCCGUGUCCUAUCCAACCGCGUUGCCGCUUCGUCGGUCGCGAUCAGCUGGAGCCGGCAGAGGCUCGCGCAUUUGGCGUGGCCGGCAUCGGUAACCAGCCGCAGUCAGGGUUCACCGUUGCUGUGAUUAGGGACGAGCGUUGCUGAGAUGCCAACUGACCUGGAGUUGCCAACUGACCUGAAAAGCUGCUUGACCCUUAAUAAAACUUACCAGGCAUGGGUGGAACAGGCCAUUGAGGAGUUAGCAGAAAGGCUCAAGCAGAACAGGCUGCUGCAGAGGGAGCUUCCAGCACAGCUUGCUCCGCGACCCCUAAAGCCACGAGUACGCAGGAACUGGUCCCACUCGCUGGUGUUUCACCACCCGUACUUCAGAGACAUUAAUGGCAUGCCAGCACCCAAGAACGAGGAUACACGUGCCAAGCUGGCCAACAAGGAGCCGGACCCGUACCUGACCCCAUCUCCGCCUUGGACCAGUGACGAGAAUCGCCGGCUGGUUGAUGCAGUGAAGACCAACCUGCUGCAGCAAAGCCUCCAGUGUCUGAUGGACCGUAAGGAGGCUCUGGCCAAGAGGCUCCUGGACACCGAGGACCCCGAACAGAGAGCCCAGCUUACUGAGCGCAAAGACCAGCUGGACAAGCAGGUGGAUGAGACACGCAGCCUGAGCCUGGAGCAGCUGCUGGAGCAGUCUUCACGCCCCAUUGACUGGCUGCGCAUUGCAAAUAAGGACAUGCCCUCACACCGGACGGCAUUUGCUUGCGAGAUGAGGUGGCGCAACCUGCUUGAUGUGCGCCUAAACCAGAACCCCUGGACAGAGGCGGAGGACAAGCACCUGCAAGCCCUGGCCACUAAAUGGGCCGAGCACAACUGGGACAAGGUGGCAGAGGAGCUGGGGACUGGUCGCAGUGCGUUUCAGUGUGCGACACACUACUCGACCAGGCUUGUGACUCGCCACAACAAGGGCCCGUUUUCAGAUGAGGAGAACCACCGACUGAACCAGCUCGUCAAGGUGACCACCGAGGAAGGUGAUCGUGAAGUCCCCUGGAAACAGGUGUCGAUCUUUAUGGUGAGGCGGUCCAUGGAGCAGUUGAAAAAGCACUACAACCGGUCCCUGCACCCCAGCAUACAUCAUGGGCGAUGGACACCACAGGAAGAUUACAUGCUGCUCAUUGCUAGGAAACUCUUUCGAGAUUGCAGCUGGGCAAAGGUGGCAAGCAUGGUGCCUGGCCGCACAGGUGGCCAGUGCAGCGAGCGCUACAAAAAUGUGUUUGCCAAACGAUUUGUCUCGGGGCGCUACACUGGGGACGAGGACUACAGCCUGUUGAAGCUGGUGCAGAAGCACGGACCUGGCCAUUGGUCCAAGGUUGUAGAGGACAUGCCCUGGCGGACACCCAACUCGGUACAGAUGCGUUACCGAUGGCUGGCCAAGACCCUCGGCACCAAGCAGCCAACCGUGACUGAUCUGCGGGCACCUGCAGCUCCCGUGAAUCCAGCGCGACACGCCCGCAUUGACAAGCGCCUGGACCUGUACCGGCACGUCUGCCGCCAGCUCACCACCCAGAGUCUGAAACAUGCUGCCUUGCUGCUGGCCAAGGGUGAGGACGAGAGCCUGGAUCGGGAGACGUGCCUGAAGCUGUACUGGAAGAUGCAGCAACAGCACCAGACAGGCCGCACACCGAGCAACCCGCAGGUGCAGGGCCGUGCGCUGAACAAGGCCAUUGCUCAGUAUGCACAGCCUCUGCAUCGACCCAUGCUGCCCAUCAUGGCUGCCUACGAGAAGCAGGAGUUGCAUGCUGUGACCAACGUGCUGCAUGAUCUGCAUGGCUUGCCGAGGCCACCUGUGGAUCCCGACAUUGAACAAGCGGGCACCGUGCCCACCUUCGAAGAGUUCUUCCGCAAGGAGGUGCUUGGCGUGCCAGAUGAAUUCCAGCCCAACGAUGCCAACCUCGUGCUGCCCCUGCUGCCACCCAAUGAGACCACAGUGGCUACCUAUGGACGCCUUGUAGAUCGUUUUGCCAAUGGCAACCUUGCUGAUUCCUUGCCAGCACUGCAGGCCGAGAGCUCAGGCACUGCGUUUCCUGAGCUCUCGGCAGCUCUCGAUGCAAACAGCGUUGACGACAUCCGCUGCACUGAGUGCACGUCCACGAGCCUUCUGGAAGAUGACCUCUCGUCUGUCGGCAACAGAGCUUCGCAGCAGCCAUGCAGUCGGUGUGAGCAGCUACGAGCCUUCCGAAGCAACUAUGACGUGCUGCAGGCACGCUUCAUUUCAUACUUUUUCUGGCCUGCGCUUAUGGACACCCUGAACGUUCCCGAGACAGUGGAGCUCCCAGCCAACACUCAAAAGACACGUAAGAAGUACUACCGCACGAAGUCCAAGCUGAAGAAGCCAUGGGUGAAGGAGAAGUGGAAGGAGCGCAAGCGACUGGCUGCAGCGGCAGCUGUGUCUGGUGCCGUACCGGAGCCCACUGGUGCCACUGCAGGGGAGGACGGCACCGGUGGCACUGCAGGGGAGGACGGCACAGUGCUGGCCUCUCAUGCACCCCGCCCUGCCGUGGAUGCAUAAGCUACAACUGCAAAAAGUUAAAAGAAACAAAAGGUUCCCUAGUCAACACUGAUGACUUCCUUACCAAAAUAUUGUAUUUUUCGUGCCUAUUCUGUAGCUCUACACCCAGCAUCUGUCUGCUUACGAUUGCUUACGAUUUGCUGGUUAGUUAGCAAAAAGCUAACUAACCAGCAGUGUUGUCUUUUAUUGCAUUUAUUGGCAGCUGUAUAAUACAUUAAACACAGUUCUCAAGUUAUGCUUUCUUGCAAGCACCUACAUGUAUGAACAUGUAUGAACGAAUAUUAAAUGUGCUUCUGUUUUGA